AUGGUGAGCUCCUACCUGGAAGGAUUUGACCUGCCACCCUCAAGCGAUGAAGAGGAGGAAGAUGAGGACGGCCUGCAACCCGAGUGCACGCCUUUGCCUUUCCUGCGAUUCAAGACUUUUCAAGUUGACUGGCCACGAAUACGUUUUGUUUAUACAGACUGCGACGAAGUGGAGAUUCACAGCCAGUGCUUCCUGCCUGAUGAGCUCCCUCAGGGACUUUAUUCUGCUGCACCACUUAAGCAGGUGGAGGUUGCAGUGCUACAUAUCGGUCUAGUGGUGUUAGCCUGGUAUUGGAUGUCCUGCGGCCACCAGCGGAUAGUGAUCAGUGCUGGGCAUCUGAAUGAGGAGCAGGUGGCAUGGUGGGAGUGGUUCUACGCACAGUGCUUUGCAGAGUUUGCAAUAUUCAAUGGGUUCACCGAAGAACAAAUUCGUGUAUCGGUUGAGGUCGAUGCACCACAGCAACUCGACGAGGGCUGUUUGGUCCAUGGGCCAGAGCAGAAACCCACACCGUCCAGUGACUCGAGUCAGGCACGGGUUCUGUGCCUUCUGGGUGGGGGCAAAGACAGCCUCGUAGUGCAUCAGAUGCUGCAGGAUGCCGGCGUCAGGUCGCCAACGUGGCUCUAUGUAGGCGAUGGGCGCAAGGAGUUUCAAGGCAGCUGGCGCCUGCAGACUGUCGUACAGCGAUCUGGAUCGUCAGUGCUGGUGAUGGCUCACGACUUCCAGACUGAAGCUUUGGCAAAGAGGAGGUCCCGGCUGCAGCCAUGUGGCCACCCGUGGGCUGCACUUGUGGGCUUCGAUGCUGUGCUGGUGGCUAUACUAUCUGGCUUUGACUACAUAGCUGUUGGCAACGAGCGAUCGGCAAACUAUGGCAACAAUCUCCGUGUGGGAAGCAUUGAAGUGAACCAUCAGUUCGACAAGAGUUUCGGCUUUGAGUCGCGCAUGCAUAGAUAUAUCCGUCGACACUUGGCCCCCGGCACCUAUUACUUCUCAGCCCUCCAGCACCUCUGGGAGGUUCAGAUUGCUUGGCUAUUCUGCCAACGCUCGGCUGGCUUCCUAGAUGCUUUCAUGAGCUGCAAUGACAGUAACGGUUUGAAUGAGUGGUGCUGCGACUGUGACAAGUGCUGCUUCGUGUUUGCAUUGCUUGCGGCCUGGCUGUCGUCGGCGGAGGUUGCCAAGUAUUUCGGAAAGAAUUUGCUUGAGAAUCCCAAACUGUUGCAGAACUUCCGGAGCCUUUUAGGCAUAUCAUCGCAGGAUCCAGGUGACCGUGGGAGGACGGCCGUAAAGCCUUUCGAAUGUGUGGGAACGCCAGACGAGGUCCUACUCAGCCUUUGGCUUGCACGCGAAGCUUCAAGCUUCUCACCAGAUGGGCUUCCACUGGCACUUGCAUCCCUGCCCCUGGACGAAGGGCGGGAGCAUGUCGAUCUGCUUAGCCAGUACAAUCCUGAAAACUUGCUCCCGGACUGGCUAGUCCCAAAAGAGGGUGCGGUAGAGUCUUUGCAGGACAAGCUUGCUUUUCAUGGUUCCGCUACACUCGAGCAGAAGUGGAAAUCCUUCUGGAGCGAUGUGAUGUCGGAGACUCUAAGGAUACGGCAAUGA